AGAGAGAGAGAGAGAGAGAGAGAGAGAGAGAAAGAAAAACUUUGAACCCGGCUUUAUGACCUUUAUGUUUAUAUAUAAAUAUAAAUAAUUUCACUUGUUCUUGAUGUGUCAUUACACAAAGAAACCAGAAGAAACAUAAAGCAUGUUGCUCGGAGAAUAAAAGAUCAAUUUUUUUUAAAUUAAAUUAACAAUAAUUUGCUAUGAACAGAAAUAUGUGCCCUUCUUGACAAGCAAUGUUUCGUACUUCUCAAAAAUUUCACAAGUUGAAAUGUGGUAAACAAAAUGAUAUUCCGACAAGAUUAGAAAUUGAACAAUGUCUUGGUACUUCAUUGGCCCAAAUUCUCUUCAACUAUAGUCAUCGUGAAAUGAUAAAAGUAUUAGACUCGACACGGUCUGCGAGAGUUUUACAACAAUCAUGUUACAAAGCACAAAAUGAUCAAUUAAAAACGGAUUUUAUUCGAGCAUCAGAAAAACAGAACAUUCUUAAAUCAAAUAUACAUCAUGACAUUUUAACAUUAGGUGAAGAAGAGUUGAUGAGAUUUGAAGCACAGAUUGAAGCAUUGACGCAGAGCAAACUGAGAAAUGAAUUUGCCAAGGAACGUUGCAUGCUUGAAGCUGAAAAGAGAUUCGCCAUCAAUUGCAAUGCAGAUGAGAUUCAUGCCAAAUAUGAAGAAUUUUUCAAGUCUGCUCAGCAAGAGUUGGAGCAAGAGAUUAAAACGGAGUUGGCAAAUAUAAAUAAUAAACAUAAGAAGGAAAUGCAGAAAAUUGCUGUAAAAACACGAUUAGACACGACACAUGAUGUGCUGAGAAAGUUGCGACCCCAAAUGUACUGUAUCAUUAAAUCUCUCUACGAUAACCUUGAAUUAUCUCAUCGUGCACAGAGAGAAAAAAUGAUUGCUGAUUUUAAUAAAAUCAUGAGAAAACAACAUCUCAAAUUGGAUACAAGAAUUAGAGAAGUAGAAAAGAAGAAAAUAGAGGAAUUACGUAUUCAACAUCAUGAACUUGAGAUACAAAAUAUAAUGAACAUUGUUUUUAUUCUUUGCAUGGAAAGAUUACGUAAUAGUUUACAAAUGCAUGCAAUAUAUAAACAUUGUGAGGAAAAGAUAAAGUUUUUGCAUGAACUUAUUGCUAAACAAAAUGAUGCUAUAAACACAAUGAAGAAAAGGAUUACAGAAUAUCACAACAAGAAUGUAAUGCUCCAAGAAAAAGUUAUUGCUAUUACUAAGGAAUUUCAAAAAUUUAUAAAUUUUGCAUUUGAUGCCAUGCCAGAGCAUGCUGACUUUUUAUUGCCAUUAGAUUUACUUUCUGUAAAUAGCAUAAAUAAAGAAGACAAUAAGCAAGAAAAAAGUUGAUAGGUAACUUAAGAAAGGUCUUGUAAAAAAUUUUACAAUAAGAAAUUAUAUAUCGAGAAGAAAUAGAUAAAAUAUAGAAUAAAAAAUUUUAAUUUAACGCUUACAAAAAUAUACUGACAAUGAAUGUUAUAGAAGCAAGAAUAUAUUUUUUUAUACAUAUUGUAGUUACAUCAAAACAUAUAACAUGGAAAAAUAUGUACAAAAAAAUAUGGUAUCAAAAUAUUGAGUUCUCUCUGAUUACUCCAGUAAUAUAUAGUAUAGAAACAUAUAAUUCUUUUUGUACAAAAAUUUCAAAUUAGUUAAUAAUUAA